AUGAGCAGCUCAGGAGAACGACCUAUCAAGGGCUACGUUGACCCCAACUUUCCAAAUCCCAACGGCGAUUGGGAUACGCCCAUCAUCAUCUAUGGCUACACGCCUGCUUUCUCCCUUGCCGUCUUUGCAGCAGCUUGGUUCGCUCUGUUCAUGAUCAUCCAUCUCUUUCAGACGAUUCGAUUCAGGAGUUGGUACUUUAUCACUUUUCCAGUUGGCCUCCUCUUUGAAAUCGUCGGGUAUAUUGCUCGUUCGCUUUCGGCAAAGAAGGAUCCGUACCAUCUGCUGUACUUUAUCCUCAACUACUUCUUCAUCGUCACGGCACCUGUCUUCCUCGCUGCAGGAGUAUACACAAUCCUCUCGGCAUUGAUUCCCCGUCUUGGACGUCGAUACUCUCUUGCGCCGCCAAAGUUUAUUCUCUGGUUCUUCAUCACGUCUGAUGUUAUUGCUACGGUUGUUCAGGUUACUGGUGCUGCUCUCAUUGGAGUGAAACAGUCCAACCGUGAAGAUCCCACCGUCGCGAACAACAUUCUUCUUGGGGGUCUGGCCUAUCAGGUCUUCUCUAUCAGUGUCUUUGUGAUCCUCACGGCAACCUUUUUAUUCCGCGCCCGAAGGGAGAUUAGCGGUCGUGGCAAGAAACUGACUAUCUUUUGUGUCGCUUUUUCAGUGGCUACCAUUUUGGUUUACCUGCGAACAAUCUUUCGUCUUGCAGAAACAGCCGAGGGUCUUGGAGGUCAUUUGUACUCCAACGAGAUUUACUUUGCGUGUCUUGAGUUUGCUUCCAUUGCAUUGGCCGUGUUGCUCUUUGCUAUCUGGCACCCUGGACGAUGUGUUGGUAAAAAGGUCAGGGUCAAAGAUUUAGAAAAGGAACAGGCUCGAGUCCAGAACUUUUAA